AGCUCAUCCCUGCCCUGAGCAUAGUGUUAGUGCUGCCCCAUAGCGUUGCCAGGCAUCCCUGGAAGAGGAGGUGCAUCAAACUUAGAGCGAGCGAGCAACAGGAGGGAGAAGUUCGCCUCAGUGUGGUGUGUCUCAGUGUUUGCCUUGUGCUCCUUUCAGCAAGCAAGAGUGCCAGAUCUGGAGCUCAUCUGAAAUGCAUUAAACCCCCGGAGAAGAACGAUUCUCUGUAAUCUAGCUGCGUUGGCGCUCCGCUGAGGCUUCCUAUUUGCUGUCAGAGGUACACCCAUGCAUGUAGCAGCAGCUCCUCCAAGAGACUGACUGUUUUUGUCUCUUCAAGUCAAGUCAAAAUAUUUUCCAAGCUCCAGAGGGCAAGACUGGAGAGGGGGAGACAUCAAGGUGCUUGAAGAAGUUUGUGCUUUCUCCAGAGAAAACUUGGGGCUGAAAGUUAUCAGUGUGGCGACUGUUCUCAAAGGGGCAGAUCAAGACUUCAAACGAGACAUCAGCCGUAUCGUUCCUCUCGACGUGUGCAGGGGAGUUUUCAAGGACAAGUGAGCAGUGUUCACAUAAAUACAGGAAACACCUGAAGGUUUUCAAGGGUUCAACCACAGGAAAUACAGCUCCAAAUAACACAACACACUCUGACACUGAUUUCUGUAAGAAGCUCCCUAUCUUGUCUAAGUCAACCAACAUGUCACGCUGGGGGAGAAAAAAUGUGAAGAAGGCGCCUGAGGUGAUCCGCACUGUGACAGAAGGGCUCAAGUCCUUGUAUCGUAAGAAGCUGCUGCCUCUGGAGCAGUACUACGGUUUCCAUGACUUCCACUCUGCCAGUCUGGAGGAUGCAGACUUUGAUAACAAGCCUAUGGUGCUGGUGGUGGGACAAUACUCCACUGGAAAGACGACAUUCAUCAAGUAUCUACUGGAGCAAGAGAUUCCUGGAAGCAGGGUCGGACCUGAGCCCACCACUGACUGCUUCACUGCCAUCAUGCACGGGGAGGUGGAGGGAGUCAUCCCUGGGAACGCCCUCAUCGUUGACCCCAACAAGCCUUUCCGCAAACUCAACCCUUUUGGAAACACCUUCCUGAACAGGUUCCAGUGUGCCCAGAUGCCCAACCAGGUCCUGGAGAGUAUCAGCAUUAUUGACACACCGGGGAUCCUUUCCGGUGCUAAGCAGAGAGUGAGCCGAGGUAGGAGAAGCAGCAAAGGUUACGACUUCCCAGCUGUGCUGCGCUGGUUUGCCGAGCGCGUGGACCGCAUCAUCCUGCUGUUUGAUGCCCACAAACUGGAGAUUUCAGACGAGUUCUCCGAGGCCAUCGGCGCCCUGAAGGGCAACGAGGACAAGCUGCGCGUGGUGCUCAACAAGGCAGACAUGGUGGGCACCCAGCAGCUGAUGCGGGUGUACGGUGCACUGAUGUGGUCCCUGGGGAAGGUGUUUGGCACCCCGGAGGUUCUGCGCGUCUACAUCGGCUCCUUCUGGUCAGAGCCGCUGAUGGUUACAGACAACCGUAAGCUGUUUGAGCUGGAGGAGGAGGAUCUGUUCGCUGACAUCCAAAACCUUCCUCGCAAUGCAGCUUUACGCAAGCUCAACGACCUGGUGAAGAGGGCACGUCUGGUCAGGGUCCAUGCCCACAUCAUCAGCUAUCUAAAGCAGGAGAUGCCUUCUGUCUUCAGGAAGGACAACAAAAAGAAGAAUCUGAUCUACCAGCUGCCUGUUAUUUUCUCCAAGAUCCAGCUGCAGCACAACAUUUCUGCUGGAGACUUCCCAGACUGUGCUAAGAUGCAGGAGCAACUGAUGGUUCAUGAUUUCACCAAGUUCAAAACCUUGAAGCCCAAUCUGAUGGCGGCCUUGGAUGAGUUGCUCUCGGGUGACAUUGCCAAGCUGAUGCCCCUCCUGCGGCAGGAGGAGCUGGAAGCAGGUGAUCAGCUCGGCGUGCAAGGUGGAGCCUUCCUUGGGACCCGUGCCGGACCGUUCAGCGAGGGCGACCCCUUCGCCGAGGAGAACGGAGAGGGAUGCGAGGAGGAGGAAGAUUGGGUGGUGACCAAAGACAAGCCCAAAUACGACGAAAUCUUCUACAACCUCGCUCCAAAUGAGGGCAAACUGAGCGGCACCAAGGCUAAGGACUGGAUGGUGAGCUCCCGCCUGCCCAACUCGGUGCUGGGUCGCAUCUGGAAGCUGUCGGAUGUGGACCACGAUGGCAUGCUGGAUGAUGAAGAAUUUGCCCUGGCCAGCCACCUGAUUGAGGUGAAGCUGGAGGGACACGGCCUUCCCCCUGAGCUUCCAUCACGCCUGAUCCCGCCGUCCAAACGCAGGCAGAAGGGCUCUGACGCAUAGACAUGUCACAUGUCCUCUGAGCUGAGCAAGACUCUUCUCUAUUGGCUGUCACACGCUACUGUUUGUAUUUGCUCGUUUCCCCCCAGACCCAUGUCAAAAAGUUUGUAUGUAAUGUGUUCACAUUUCUCUUGCACAAUGGAACAUACUGUAUUAAAGUGUAGAUCAAUCCUUUGACGGCUUACUGCAAAAGAUUGUGUAUUAAGAAGUCACGCGGGUCUGGUUGCUUCUUCCCUUUGGCUUUUCUGUGAUGAGCUUUAAAGAAAUAUAUCUACUUGUGUUUGCAGAGCAGAAGUAUGUCAAGGCUGGCGAGCAAUAUUCAGCAUUUAUUUGACCGAAUACAGGGCGAAACCUUUCCGUAUUAAACCCUUUACGUCAACAUUCCUUCAGUGACUAAAUUGGAGCGGCACAGUAUUAUUUAGACGAUCAUCUGCAGGAUUAUGAUGCCUUACAGUGAGGGUGUCAUCUACACAGACAUAUAUCGCUCAAAUCAUUUGUUUAUAACUCAAUCUGGCAGCGCAGAUCUAAUAACCUGAAUGCAUUUCACUCUGACGCUUUACGCGACACUAUUCUGUGCAUACAUCCGAUCUUAUUUUUGUAACUGUUGCUGAUUUUUUGUGUGCAGGAGCAAGACCUCGGUUUCAUAACAGAACAAUGCUGAGAUGAACUUUUCAACUUAGACUGAAUGAUAUAUUACUGACUACUGUACACGGCUCCACCAAACUGUUAUGUUAUGUUACUAUUAUUAUAACCAAAUAAAGUUCCCUGACUGUG